AACUGGCUCGUUGCCCCAACCCCCUGGCCUCCCCCUGCUUUCUCCCCAGCUUUAUUUAUGGAAAAAGCCCUUAUUAGGAAAACUACGUUUCUGGAAGGUAGCGCCGGGGCUGCGAGGGCUGUUAUACACGGCACACGUGCGGCGGGGGGGCGAGGGACCCAAGUGACUAAGUGUGUGUCAGCAGCCGUCAGAAGCUGUUCCCAUUGCCUUGAGUGGUGCCAGCAAACAGAGACGGCUUCUGUUCGUGUCUUUUGCUCUUUCUCUUCUCCUAAUAAUAACCUAGUGACUAGGGGGAGGACCGGGCUGGAGGAAGAAGAGGGUGAAUGCCGUCUUCCCCUCCUCCUGAACAUCAGCAGGAUGCUUUGUGGCGUUUUCGUGCUUGCAGUGCAGCACUGAACUUGGAAAAUCCUCCUGCGAUUCCAAUAUACGUUCACAUUUUAGCCCAACGUCUCCAAGUGAUUCCUCCCCUCGCCGGAGGGAAACGCUGACAGCCCUGAGCCCUGAUUUCCAAAGGAGAGGUGCUGUCCCCCACUGCCGAAACGCUGGGACCUCGAUAAAUUUAGAAGACUCUGCCCUUGGCAGAUACAGAAGCAACAUGUCAUUCCAGUGAUCUUUGCAUUCUAGGAAAGCCUAAAUCAACAUUGCUCGCUUUGCAUGUUGCCCUUUAGCAACAGUCUCUCAACUUCCAGUCUGAAGUAUUGCGUGGACCCAAGCCGGGGAAAAAAAGGGUUUGGGGUACAGAAGCUCUUUGGUACUCAGUAGCCAGAGAAAUCUGAAUUGCAGCGGUUGUUGGCUGUGGCAAGCCUGUAUUCUGUGCUUUUGAGCCAGGAGAAAAUUAUUUUGUAGUUCAACGCUGUUUUGGGGGGUUGCUUUUGAUUGAUUCUCGUGCUUCCUGCCUUUGGAUCUCUUGGUGGUGACAUCUCAAGUGACUCAGGGAAAAAAAGUGGCCGUUGCUGAUACGGGGCCGAUGGCAAAAGCAGAGCAAAGUGCUGACUAAGGAAAUAUCUCUGAACUGGAGUUUGUUCAAAUCAUCAUUAUAAUUGUGGUUAUAACUGUUAUGGUGGUAGUGAUCAUCUGCUUGUUGAACCAUUACAAACUCUCGACACGCUCUUUUAUCAACCGGCAGAGCCAAAGCAGAAGACAGGAAGAAACUUUGCAGACGGAAGGGUGCUUGUGGCCUUCGGAAAGCUUGGUAUCGCGCCAGGGUGCUUCAGAGAUUAUGUAUGCUCCAAGGUCCAGGGACAGGUUUACCGCCCCAUCCUUUAUGCAGCGGGACCGUUUCAGUCGCUUCCAGCCCACUUACCCUUACAUGCAGCAUGAGAUCGACCUUCCUCCGACCAUUUCCCUCUCGGACGGGGAAGAGCCGCCGCCGUACCAAGGCCCGUGCACCCUGCAGCUCCGGGACCCAGAGCAGCAGAUGGAGCUCAACCGGGAAUCCGUCAGGGCGCCGCCCAACCGAACCAUUUUUGAUAGCGACUUGAUAGACAUCUCGAUGUACAAUGGGGGCCCCUGCCCACCAAGCAGCAAUUCGGGCAUAAGUGCAACCAACUACAGCAGUAAUGGAAGGAUGGAAGGACCGCCCCCGACGUACAGCGAGGUCAUGGGGCACUACCCAGGCUCCUCUUUUUUCCAUCACCAGCACAGCAACGCGCCUCCUCCCUCGCAGAGGGGGAGCAGACUUCAGUUUCAGCAGAACAAUUCAGAGAGCACAAUUGUCCCCAGCAAAGGCCAGGACCGGAAACCAGGGAACCUGGUCUGAGUCACUCUCCCAGGUGCAUUUGAACUGAAGACGAGAUCCAAGCAGGGCGGCGGAGGAAGACCCCCGUGCUCCGGUGCACAAUGUUGUUACAUUUCACGUGGUACAACUUAGUAAAACCAAACGUGCAAACCA